CUGGAGGGCGUCUGGGUGCCUUGCAUGUAGCGUUGUAAGCCCGGCGGUGUUUGUCUGACUGUCUAAGUCUUCACCUACCCAUCAUUUAGGACUCCGAUAAUUGACUAUGACUUUAAAUCUAACCAUCAACCCACACAACCCGCCCCUGGGGGCACUACUGGCAGCAGAGCAUGUGAAGGAGAGUGUAAAACUGUCUGUAGAAGAAGGCAAGGACACCAAGCUUCACAUCUCAGAUUCACUCCAGUUCAGUGACGUAAAUUCCAUCACACGCUACCUGGCCCGUGUGGCCCCUGCCCUAGGCCUCUAUGGAGUCAACUUGAUGGAGCAGACUGAGGUGGACCAUUGGCUGGAGUUCAGUACACAGCGUUUGUGUGGUCAGACUGGGCUCAACACAGCCUUAGGGGAGCUAGACAAGGCUCUUUCCCUCAGGACGUUCCUGGUUGGACACUCCUUAACCCUGGCUGACCUCUCUGUCUGGGCUGCACUUAAAGGUCAUGGGAAGUGGCCAAGCCAUACUAGUUCCUUCUCUCAUGUCAACCGUUGGUUUUCCUUCCUGGGCUCCCAGGUGCCCUUCACUGCUGUGGGCAACAAGUGGGCCACUAACAAAGUUCCACAAAGUAAGACUAAUUCUGAGGUGAAGGAGAAGAAGCAGGAUGUUGGGAAAUUUGUGGAGUUGCCUGGAGCUGAAAUGGGCAAGGUGGUUGUCCGAUUUCCCCCAGAGGCCAGUGGCUAUCUGCAUAUUGGCCAUGCCAAGGCUGCCCUGCUCAACCAGCACUACCAGGUAACAUUUAAAGGCAAGCUCAUCAUGCGUUUUGAUGACACCAACCCAGAGAAAGAGAAGGAGGACUUUGAAAAGGUAAUUUUGGAGGAUGUGGCUAUGCUGCAGAUUCAUCCAGACCAAUUCACUUACACUAGUGACCACUUCCCAACCAUCCUGCGUUUGGCUGAGCAGCUGCUGUCUGAGGGAAAGGCCUACAUCGAUGACACUCCUCCAGAGCAGAUGAAGCAGGAGAGGGAGCAGCGCAUCGAGGCCAAAUGUCGCAACAACUCGGUGGAACAGAACAUGAAAAUGUGGUCAGAGAUGAAGGCAGGGUCGGAAUUUGGUCAGACAUGCUGUAUGAGAGCUAAGAUUGACAUGAGCUCCAACAAUGGCUGCAUGAGAGACCCCACCCUCUUCCGCUGCAAGAAUGCCCCCCACCCUCGAACCGGAAGCACUUACAAAGUUUACCCAACAUAUGAUUUCGCCUGCCCCAUUGUGGACAGUGUGGAGGGGGUAACCCACGCCCUCAGGACCACAGAGUACCACGACCGUGAUGAUCAGUUUUACUGGGUGAUUGAUGCUCUAGGCCUUAGAAAGCCCUAUAUCUGGGAGUAUGCCAGGCUUAACCUCAACAACACCGUCCUCUCGAAGAGAAAGCUCACCUGGUUUGUUGACCAGGGAUACGUGGAUGGAUGGGAUGACCCUCGGUUCCCCACUGUCAGAGGAGUCCUCAGGAGAGGCAUGACUGUGGAGGGCCUCAAACAGUUCAUAGCAGCCCAGGGUGGAUCAAGAUCGGUGGUGAAUAUGGAGUGGGACAAGAUCUGGGCGUUCAACAAGAAGGUUAUUGAUCCAGUGGCUCCCAGGUACACAGCCUUAUCCAGCUCCUAUGUGGUUCCUGUCUCUAUCCCAGAAGCCAAAGAGGAGAUGAAGGAGGCUGCUAAACAUCCAAAGAAUGCAGAAGUGGGGAUGAAGGAAGUGUGGUAUGGACCUCGGGUUCUUGUGGAAGGGGCGGAUGCAGAGACUUUCAGUGUGGGAGAGGUCGUCACCUUCAUCAACUGGGGAAACCUUAUCAUCACCAAGAUCAACAAGGAGUCCAAUGGUAAGAUUUCAUCCAUGGAAGCUCGUCUGGACCUGGAGAACAAAGACUUCAAGAAGACUACCAAAAUCACCUGGCUGGCUGAUACAACCCAUGCUCCACUGCUGCCCACCAUCUGUGUCAGCUACCAGCCACUCAUCUCCAAACCUGUCCUUGGCAAGGACGAUGACUUCAAGGACUACAUAAAUAAAAACAGCAAGCUUGAGGAGAAGAUGCUGGGAGAUCCCUGUCUAAAGAACCUGAAGAAAGGCGACAUCAUUCAGCUCCAGAGGCGGGGCUUUUACAUCUGUGACCAGAUAUAUGAGCCAGUCAGUCCAAACAGCUGUAAGGAGAGUCCCUGUGUUCUGCUCUAUAUUCCUGAUGGCCACACCAAGGAGAUGCCCACAGCUGGCUCUAAGGACAAGAGCAAAAACCAGGCAGCAACCAGUACACCUGCACCUCCUGCCAAGGCCAAAGCUGCUCCAGCCUCAGCCCCAGCCCCAGCCCCAGCUGGUGAUCUAUUUUCUAGCAUCGUAGCCCAGGGUGAGACUGUUCGUCAACUCAAGGCUGCUAAGGCCCCUAAAGAUGAGGUGGACAAGGCCAUCCAGCAACUGCUUGCACUAAAGGCUCAGUUCAAGCAGGAGACGGGUAUGGACUAUAAACCUGGUAUGGCUCCUCCCACUUCUGCCCCAGCUCUGUCCAAACCAUCACCUGACUCUGUCUCCUGUCCGUAUACCCGUGUGGCUGAGCAGGGGGAGGUCGUCAGGAAACUUAAGUCAGAAAAAGCCCCCAAGGACCAAAUCGAUGCAGCAGUGAAGCAGCUCCUCGCUCUCAAGUCAGAGUUUAAACAGCUGACUGGUCAAGACUAUAAACCUGGGAUGACCCUUGCCUCUUCCAACCCAGCUCCUGUCAGCUCCAACAUCUCCUCGGACCUGUAUGAGCGUGUAGCCAAACAGGGAGAGGUUGUGCGAAAGCUGAAGUCUGAGAAAGCCCCAAAGGACCAGGUGGAUGCAGCAGUAAAGCAACUGCUGGCCCUGAAAGCAGAGUACAAGCAGGCCACAGGUCAGGACUAUAAGCCUGGUGCAGCCCCAGUACCAGAGCCAGCCCAGAAUAAGGCCACACCAGCCCCCACUGCUCCAGCUGCUGAUCUCUAUGAACAAGUGGCUCAGCAGGGAGAGGUUGUCAGGAAACUAAAAGCUAACCAAGCCCCCAAGGACCAGGUAGAAGCAGCUGUGAAGCAGCUGUUGGCUCUGAAGGCCUUAUAUAAACAACAGACUGGACAGGACUACAAACCAGGACUACAAAUACUACCUAGUCCUGCCUCCGCUCCACCGAAUCCCCCACAGGCCCAAUCAGGCUCCUCCCCUCAGGCCCAGGAGUUGUUCUCUAAGGUGGCCCAGCAAGGGGAGAUGGUGAGGAAGUUGAAAUCUGAGAAAGCCCUAAAGGAGAAAGUUGAUGCGGCAGUGAAGUCUCUGCUAGACCUGAAGAGCCAGUACAAGACUCUGACCGGUGAGGAAUACAAACCUGUGGCAGCCACUGGGGCCUCUGGAGCGGAGGACAAGAGCCGCAAAGAGAGAGAGAACAAGUCUGAGAAGCAGGGAGGAGCAGGGGGUGGAGCAGGAGGAAAGAAGGGCAAAGGAGACAAGGGUGGCCAGGGCAAGGAGUCAUCAGGAGGGGCAGGAGGGGCAGGAGGAGCAGGGGAGGGCCAGGGGCCCAAGAAGCAGACACGGUUGGGUUUGGAGGCCAAGAAAGAGGAAAACUUGGCUGACUGGUACUCUCAGGUCAUCACUAAAGCAGAGAUGAUUGAGUACUACGAUGUUAGCGGUUGCUAUGUGCUAAGGCCAUGGUCCUACUCCAUCUGGGAGGCAAUCAAAGACUUCUUUGACCGAGAAAUUAAGAAGUUGGGAGUGGAGAACUGCUACUUCCCCAUGUUUGUCUCACAAGCUGCUCUGGAGAAGGAGAAGUCUCACAUUGAGGACUUUGCACCUGAGGUUGCUUGGGUGACUCGAUCAGGAAAAACAGAGCUGGCAGAGCCCAUUGCUGUCAGACCCACCAGUGAGACGGUGAUGUAUCCAGCCUAUGCCAAAUGGGUCCAGUCCCACAGAGACCUGCCAAUCAAACUGAACCAGUGGUGUAACGUUGUGAGGUGGGAGUUCAAACACCCCCAGCCAUUCCUGAGGACGAGGGAAUUCCUUUGGCAGGAGGGACACUCAGCCUUUGCCACCAAAGAGGAGGCAGCUGAGGAGGUGAUGCAGAUCCUGGAACUGUAUGCUAAGAUCUAUGAAGAGCUGAUGGCAAUACCUGUAGUGAAGGGAAGGAAGACUGAGAAGGAAAAGUUUGCAGGUGGAGAUUACACCACCACUGUGGAGGCCUUUAUCUCCGCCAGUGGCCGGGCCAUCCAGGGAGCCACGUCUCACCACCUGGGUCAGAACUUCUCCAAGAUGUUUGAAAUUAUUUUUGAGGACCCAAAAAAACCUGGUGAGAAGCAGUUUGCCUUCCAGAAUUCAUGGGGCAUAACCACCCGAACCAUCGGUGUUCUUACCAUGGUCCACGGAGACAACAUGGGGCUGGUGUUGCCCCCAAGGGUGGCCUGCCUGCAAGUGAUCAUCAUCCCAUGUGGCAUCACAGCCUCCCUGCCAGAGGCCGAAAAGGAGGCGCUGCUGGCCCAGUGCUCCAAGUACCUGGCCCUGCUACAGAAGGCUGACAUCAGAGUCAAGGCUGACCUCAGAGACAACUACUCCCCAGGCUGGAAGUUCAACCACUGGGAGCUCAAGGGAGUGCCAAUCCGUCUGGAGGUGGGCCCUAAGGAUAUGAAGCAGAGCCAGUGUGUCGCAGUGAGAAGAGACACAGGGGAGAAAGUGACAGUGCAUGAGGCUGAGGUGGAGCAGAGGCUCCCUGCCAUCCUGGAGGACAUCCAGAACACCCUGUAUAAGAAGGCUUCAGAUGACCUGAAUAAACACAUGGUGACAGCAGAUACAAUGGAGGAGUUCCAAAAAGAUCUGGAUCAGGGCAGGAUUGUUCAGAUCCCGUUCUGUGGAGGCAUAGAAUGUGAGGACUGGAUCAAGAAAGCCACAGCCAAGGACCAGGACCUAGAGCCCGGGGCCCCCUCCAUGGGAGCUAAGAGCCUUUGUAUCCCCUUCAACCCACUGAAGACCCUGCAGCCUGGCCAAAUGUGUGUCAGUGGCAAGGAACCUGCCCAGUAUUACACCCUGUUUGGCCGCAGCUACUAAAGACUUGGUCUGCUGGAAGAGGAGGAGGAUAAAGAACAUUGUAGUUUAAUGGGCUGUUUUUUACCCUUCUCAACAUUUGUCUUUCUCAUCUCAUGUAACAAGGUCAUUGGACACCAGGGGGUAACUGGGGUUUACAUGGUGAAUAUUUUUUAUAAAUAACAUCAUUGAUACGUAACAGUUAAGAGACAACAUUGCUGGAAUAAUCAGUUUAGACUUCCUGUUCCAGUAUGAGAGAAACCUAUUAGAGCGCUCAAUUUGUCUUCAUCUAAAUCACAGAUUGUGCUCCUUGAAGUCACUGACCAUUAGAAACCCCUGUCAAGACUCCUACCUAUACUAUCAACUCUCUGGGAGGGGGUUAUAUAAGGCUGGGAAACAACCUCCAUCCAAUUUAGCAAGUAACUAACCAUCAUACGGAGAUCCUUUUUUUAUUUUAAAGGUGUGAUUGUCAUAAGAAAUAGGGUGACUGGUAGAUUUAAGGAUGCUUCAGAUGCUGUUAACGGAUAGAAUUAGUUUCUUGUCCCUGUUUUUCAGUUUCAGAAAUGCAUGGGUUUCAAUGAGAAGAUGAGCUUUUUUUUCCCCCUCGUGUCAAACUGGCUUCUCGGAGAUAAGUGCUGUUCACCUGACAAGUCUAUCUCCUUCCCCUCCCAACCUACACUAUCUCAGGACCUGUGUGAGUGAUCGGGCAUUGCGAUAUAUUGUCAUGGCUGUGCACAACCCUUUUCAACCUGUAUGACCGGUUGUGUUGGGGGUGGUUCCCUGAUGUGGAACUCCUCAGAUAGGCCAGAAUUGAAUGAUGUGCUGUCAUGCUUUGUGCAUGUGACGAUAACCUGUAGCCACCUCUCAAUUCCCUUUUCAUUUAACAAUUCUAUGUAAUAAAGA